AUGGUAUUUACUUUUAAAGCAUGCUUUGAAGGUGAUGUUAGAAGAUUUUCUUUUCAACAAUCUCCUAGUUUUAGAGAACUAACAUUAAAGUUGACAGAAAUAUUUCACCUAAAAGAACAAUUCAUAGUCACUUAUAUCGAUGAAGUAGGCGAUAACAUUACGAUUUCUCAAAACGAUGAGUUGGAGGAAGCUUUUCUAUUUCUCAAAGAAUCAAAUACUCAAAUAUUAAGAUUAUCUAUUAUUCGUAAGAUUAAAAAGACAUCAUCAUCAUCAUCUUUUAUGAAUCAUCAACAACAACAACCAAGCUUUAAUAAUCAACAGAACAACAACAAUAACAAUAAUAAUCAAAAUAAUGGACUAGAUUCAUUAUUUGUAUCUUUAUUAUCGAAUCAAUUUGUUCAACAAAUGAUACCACAAGUCAUAAAUAAUUUAGUUGCCAAUCCAUCUCUUAUGACAUCAAUUGUCCAAACUACCAGUUCAACCCUUAGAAAUAAUAAUAAUAAUAAUAAUAAUAAUAAUAACAAUAAUAAUAGUUCCUCACAAACUAAUCAAACUUUUACGCCUCAUAACAACUUUCACACAUCUGUGGAUUCAUUGAUUUUGUCUCAAUCAAUUAAUAAUAAUAAUAAUAAUAAUAGUCAUAAUGCCUCCUCUGCACCAAUUACACCAAAAACAAACAACCAUUUAAAUUCUCCGCAACCAAUGAUUACUUUAAAUAACACAGAUCAACAACAUUUAAUGAAUUCCAACCAAAUCAACAAUCCCUCUAGUAAUCAUUUUAUAAUCGGUGAAAAUAGUUUAAAUAAUAUUUUAAAUCCAACAAGUAUAUCACCAAACACGUCACCAGUAGGUUCAACCUACUCUUCUUUGGAUUCGAAAUCAUUUGAAGAGAUUGCCAAUAACAGUGGCACAUCACCAUCAAAGGAUCCAUCUCCAAUUGUUCAGGCUUUAGAUUCAACAACUAGCACUACUACCACCACCUCUUUGAACAAGCCUCCAAAAUCCAACCCACAAUCCAAUCCAAUUUUUUCUCAAGUACCAAAGAUUUUCAAUCAUAUCCCUUUCCCAUUCUCUGUUUUGAAAUCAAAUAGCAAUGAGAAAAAAAAUACCACAGAAGUAUUGGUUGAUCAAGUAACAAUUGCAUCUCAAAAUCCUAUUGUCGCCAAUCAAUCCUUACUACCCCAAGGAUAUAAUGAACUCAAUCCAUACAUUUAUCCAGAAUCACAACAACAACAACAAUUCCAACAACAACAACAAUUCCAACAACAACAACAACAACAACAACAAGAGCAAGAUAGUUCAGUAUCAAACCAAUUUUCAAUUCAUAAUGGCGAAAUAAGACCACCAAUACCAGUUUCUACAACCCCUCCAACUGCUCCAGUUGGAAAUACAUCUCCUCAAAACAUCACAUUAUUAAUGGAAGUCUUCCACAUUACCGAACAAAGAGCUUCAGAAAUGUUAUCAAAAUAUAAAGGAAAUGUAGAAGACGCAAUGAUUGAAGAAUCUGAUCUCAAAAAGGAUUAA